AGGGGGUGAUGAAGGGAGGGGGAAAGGCGGAGGGCGCAGGGGCAAGAAAGAAGGUGAAGGGGCCGCUGCGAGCGCUGAUCAUCACGCCGACCCGCGAGCUGGCACUGCAGAUUGUAUCGCACAUAAAAGACGCGGCCCGCCACACGGGCAUCCACGUGGCCGGCAUCGUGGGCGGCAUGGCGGAGGUGAAGCAGAAGCGAGUGCUGAGCCACGGGCCGCAGAUCGUGGUCGGCACUCCUGGGCGGCUGUGGGAGCUCAUGAGCCAGGGGGAGGAGCAUCUGGUGAAGCUUGACUACCUCUCCUUCCUCGUUCUAGACGAAGCUGACCGUAUGGCUGACCCGGGCAGGUUUAAAGAACUUUCUUCUAUUUUGGGGAUGCUGCCCCCCACUGCUGCUUCUCUUGCUGCUGCUAAGGCGAAGGAGGCGGCUCUGGCAGCCAGAGACGCUGCUCGGGCAGCCAAAAAGGCAGCACGGGCAGUUAAAUUAGCCAAGGAAAGAGACGCGGCGAGAGGAAAGGGAGGAAAAGGGAAAGAGGGCAGAGAAAAGGUCGGAAGGAAGGGGAAAGGUGGUGAAGAAGAGGAGGGGGAGGAGAAGGAAGAGAAGGAGGGGGAGGAGGAGAAGGGAGAAGAAAGAGGAGGGGAAGAAGGAGAAGAAGGGGGAGAUAAAGAGGAUGGGGAAGAGGAAGAAGUGGGAGAAGGAGAGGAGGUGUUCCCCUCCCAGCCUCCCACUCUUGCGAAGAAGAAGCGCCAGGUUCUGGUCUUCUCAGCAACGCUCGUCCUGCCCGACGACACCCGCGGGCAGCUGCAAGGAAAAAAACGAGCGCCAGGAGCAGCAGGGGCAGCAGGGAGGCAUGCAGGAAAGAGGGGCCGAGAGGCAGCAGAGGGAGAGGGGGGAGGGGAGGAGGAUGAGGGAGACAAGGAGAGGGAGAAGGGGCUUGAGAGGGACAGGGUGGUGGCUUCGCUAAUGGAGCUGACUGGCAUGCGACCGUCACCAGCCAUCGUGGAUCUGACCACGGCUGACGUGGUGGCGAGCGGCGUCCAGGAGGCAGCGCUAGAGUGCGACGACAGCAUGAGGGACGUCUUUCUGCUCUACCUGCUGCGAAUGCACGGCACGUUCGGCCGCACGCUCGUCUUCUGCUCUGCCAUCUCCUCUGUCCGUCGGCUCGCCUCCCUCCUGGCGCUCCUGCAGGUGCCUUCCUUCCCCCUGCACGCGCAGCAGCAGCAGCGCCAGCGACUGAAGGCGUUGGAUCGUUUCCGGCAGCACCCGAGCGGAGUGCUGGUGGCAACUGACGUGGCGGCCAGAGGGCUCGACGUUCCUGAGAGGAGCUGCCUCCGAGGGUGCUCCGUGGCCCUGGUGACGCCUAAAGACUCCAUCAAAUACUCGUCGCUGCUGAGGAAACUCAACAAGUCCGGCCCUCUCCCCACCUUUCCUGUGGAUCAUAAUUAUCUCCCCAACCUCAAGCAAUGUGUCAGCCUGGCUUUAAGUGUCGACACUCUCUCCCGCAAGCACUCCAAGGAGAAAGCGGAAACUUCCUGGAAGCAGCGCGCUGCCAAGGCGGUGCAGGUGAAUCUGGAGGAGGGGGGUGCUGACGUGGCAGGAGGGGAGGAGGAGGAGGAAGAGGAGGACGAAGAGGGAGCAGAGGAAGAGAGUGAGGAGGAAUAUUUUGAUGAUUUUGACGAGGCGGGAGGGGAGAGGGUGGAUGUGAGGAGGCUGGUUGGGAGGGGGGAGAAGCGCGGAUGGGAGGGGCCAGGGGAAACAGGGGAGGAUGGGCGACAGCAGAUGAAGCAAGAAGUGAUGGAGCUGCAGCGGAUGAAAGAGACUCUGAAGCAAGCUGUCUCGCAGCCGCUCAGGCCCACCAACCUGCGCUCACUCAUCGCCGCUUCCGGUAUGACAACCGAGCUGGCCAAUCAGCUGCGAGCAAACCCAGCCUCUGUCGCCACGUCAGCAGCAGCAACCACCCCCGCAAACAGUAGGGUACUCCCCAAUCCAUAUCUUUCUAUGGCAACAGCUAGGGCAGGGAAGCAGUGGGUAGCAGGGGGGAUGCAGGGAGGGGAGCGAGGGGAAGGGGAGGGGGAGGGGAGGCUGGGGGAGGUGCAACUGGUCGAGGGGCUGGUGGAGGGGCAGGGAGAAUGGCUGGAGUGGUUGGUUCAAGGCAAGCUGAUGCAGUCACUGCGUUGAAGCGGGCAGGUGGAGGGAAAUCUGCGCGCAAGUGAUAGCGUGUUCACUCCACAGUGCCAUAAAAUAGUUACGGUGUGGAUGAAUGGAAUCACUGAUUUUCAAUCUUGUUCAUUGUAGCAGCAAAACAUUCAGAACACAGUCGAAGAGCAACUUUUCUGCUUCCC